AUUCAUUGCAACUCAUGUGGUACUAACUGAUCUUGAAUUAUCUUGUCGUUAUCAAAUUAUCAUUAAGAUUAUAACCAUAAAACACUUAUGUUUAUUCAGAGCCUUGCGCUGAAAACCUUGUGUGAGAUUUAGACAAUGUAAUGCUAUUUAGUUCAUAUAUUUUUGAAUAGUUCGCAAGCAUUUAUGAUUUUAUUGAGUUUUUCGUGUUGUGUGAAAAAUAUAAUUUUAAAAUGGAUGUGUGUAAAAACGAAGAGGAUUAUAAUCCGUAUGAGCAUCGACAGGUUAAGAAACCAAAUUCAGAUAUUCGAUCGCUGGCAAAUCUGUUGAAAGCGUCAUUAGGAUCUGGAAUCUUGGCGAUGCCUUUAGCGUUUUCAAACGCGGGAUGGGGAUUUGGCAUAAUUGGUACAAUUAUUGUAGCAUUUAUAUGUGGUCAUUGCGUUCAUAUAUUUGUAAAAGUAUCAAGGGGUUGCUGCAAAGUUAUGAAGAGGCCCUUACUUAAUUAUGCUGAGACGUGUGAAGCAGCCUUUACUAUUGGACCAAAGAGGUUAAGGCCACUUGCUACUAGUGCAAGGAUAUUCGCCGAAGUUGCACAAUUAUUGACAUAUCUUGGAGUAUGUUGUAUAUUUACUGUACUUAUUGCAGAUUCUGUUAAACAGCUUUUCGACCGCUAUGUGACGUCAUUCAUUUUACCAAUUGAAUAUUAUUGCCUUAUCAUAUUGGUACCUCUUUGCUUCAUGUGUCAAAUAAGAUAUCUUAAAUGGCUGGCCCCGUUCUCUUUGAUUGCAAACGUUUUACUUGUGGCAACGUUUCUUAUAUGUAUUUAUUACAUAUUCAAAGACGAGAUAACUAUAAGCGACAAGAAAAUAAUUGGAUCACCGGCAAGGCUCCCGGCAUUUCUAUCUACAGUAAUAUUUGCAAUGGAAGGCAUCGGAGUCGUGAUGCCAGUAGAGAACUCAAUGAAGAAACCACAGCAUUUCCUGGGUUGUCCAGGAGUACUAUUCAUAGCCAUGUCGUUUAUUAUGAUGCUGUAUACCAUUCUAGGUGUUUUUGGCUACUUCAGAUAUGGUGACGAGUUAAAAGGAUCUAUAACCCUCAACUUACCUAUGGAUGACUGGCCAGCAAUCUGCGCUAAGGCUUCUAUAGCAGUCUCCAUAUUUCUCACGUAUCCUCUUCAUUUCUUUGUCGUAAUCGGUGUUCUCACAAGAUUCUCCGAACCCUACAUAAAGAAGGAAUACAGAAACUGGGCACAAAUACUUGGACGAACUGCUGUUGUUCUUUUUUGCGGAGGCAUAGGCGUUGCAUUACCAAUGUUAGAACAUAUUACCAAUUUAGUUGGAGCGCUGUUCUACUCUAUGCUGGGUCUUAUUAUACCGGGAGUGGUUCAGACAGUAUUCCUAUGGGAAGACCUGGGAAGAUACAACUGGAUCCUUUGGAAAAACUCAUUAAUUGUGCUAUUUGGAGUGUUCUGUGCGAUUUCUGGUUGUACUGUUACAGUUUUGGACAUUAUCGAGAGACUUCAAUCUAGAACUGUGUAGUGUGCUCCCAUUUUUAUUAAUGUAUAGUUAUAAUAUAGUUCUUUAAUAUAGAAGAAACUCAUGAAAUAAUAAGAUUUACUUUGAAAUAAGCUAUUAAGUUAAUUAAUUAUUUACUUUAAAUUGAAACGCUAAGAUACUAAUACUACAAAUAAUCAACUACCACAGUGUCUGAAGACGAAGGUUUUCAACCAUUGUGUGUUGCCAGUGAUGACGCAGACGUGGUCGCUAACUAUGGGCCUGAUGAGAAAGUCAAUGGUCGCUCAGAGGGCAAUGGAGAGGGCUAUGCUCGGAGUUCCCCUGCGAGAUUGAAACAGAAAUGAGGAGAUCCGUAGGCGAACCAAUGUCACCGACAUUUAUUUAUUUAUUAUUUAUAUAUAUUAUAAUUAAAUACAUUGUUUUACA